GAAGCAGGUCCCCCGCGUUGGCCCCUUUGCCCCGGGCCAGCUUCUGUGAAGUGGGCACCUCCACUGGGCCCCCCCGGGCAGGCUCCAUGGCAUUUUCUGAACUCCUGGACCAAGUGGGUGGCCUGGGCAGGUUCCAGGUUCUCCAGAUGGUGGCUCUGGUGGUCCCCAUCAUGUGGCUCACCACUCAGGGCAUGCUGGAGAACUUCUCGGCCGCCGUGCCCAGCCACCGAUGCUGGGUGCCCCUCCUGGACAACAGCACUGCCCAGGCCAGUGUCCCCGGGGCCCUGGGCCCCAAGGACCUCCUGACCGUCUCCAUCCCCCCGGGCCCCAACCAUGAGCCCCACCAGUGUCGCCGCUUCCGCCAACCACAGUGGCAGCUCCUGGACCCCAACGCCACGGCCACCAACUGGAGCGAGGCUGCCACAGAGCCGUGCAUGGAUGGCUGGGUCUAUGACCGCAGCACCUUCACCUCCACCAUUGUGGCCAAGUGGGACCUGGUGUGUGACUCCCACGCCCUAAAGCCCAUGGCCCAGUCCAUCUACCUGUCUGGGAUCCUGUUGGGAGCUGCGGUGUGCGGCCACAUCUCCGACAGGUUUGGGCGCAGGCUGGUGCUGACCUGGAACUACCUUCAGAUGGCCAUGUCGGGCACGGCCGCUGCCUUCGCCCCCACCUUCUCCGUGUACUGCCUGUUCCGCUUCCUGGCGGCCUUCGGCGUGGCGGGCGUCAUGAUGAACACCAGCACGCUCCUGAUGGAGUGGACGUCGGCGCGCGCCCGAGCCUUGGCGAUGACCUUGAACUCCCUGGGCUUCAGCUUCGGCCAGGUCCUGAUGGCCGCCGUGGCCUACGGUGUGCGGGACUGGGCCCUGCUGCAGCUGGUGGUCUCUGCCCCCUUCUUCCUCUGCUUUGUGUACUCCUGGUGGCUGGCAGAGUCGGCCCGAUGGCUCCUCAUCACAGGCAGGCUGGAGCAGGGCCUGCGGGAGCUGCGGAGGGUGGCUGCCAUCAACAGGAAGAGGGUGGUGGAGGGCACACUGACCACCGAGGUCUUGCUCUCAGCCAUGCAGGAGGAGCUGAGUGUGGGCCAGGCCCCUGCCAGCCUGGGUGCCCUGUUCUGCACACCUGGGCUGCCCCUCCGGACCGGCAUCUCCACUUUGUGCUGGUUCGCCUUUGGCUUCACCUUCUACGGCCUGGCCCUGGACCUGCAGGCCCUAGACAGCAACAUCUUCCUGCUCCAGGUCCUCAUUGGGGUCGUGGACAUUCCGGCCAAGAUAGGCUCCCUGCUGCUGCUGAGCCGUCUGGGCCGCCGGCCCACCCAGGUGGGGUCCCUGGUGCUGUCAGGGCUCUGCAUCCUAGCCAACACGCUGGUGCCCUACGAGAUGGGGGCCCUGCGUUCAGCCCUGGCCGUGCUGGGGCUCGGGGGCCUGGGGGCCGCCUUCACCUGCUUCAGCAUCUACACCGGUGAGCUCUUCCCCACCGUGCUCAGGAUGACCGCGGUGGGCCUGGGCCAGAUGGCAGCCCGAGUGGGAGCGAUCCUGGGGCCUCUGGUCCGGCUGCUGGCUGUCCAUGGCCGCUGGCUGCCCCUGCUGGUAUACGGGGGGGUGCCAGUCCUUAGUGGCCUGGCUGCCCUCCUGCUCCCAGAGACUCAGAGCCUGCCGCUGCCUGACACCAUUCAAGAUGUGCAGAACCAGGCGGUAAAGAAGGCGACACACAACACCCCGGGGCCCACUGUCCUGAAAUCCACACACUUUUAA